CACCACGUUUUUAAUCACACUCAAGGCCGUUAGGUAUCAGUGAUUGUUGGAGGCACGUACCUGAUGUUGAUAGGUGCGCAUUGACUUAACGAAGAGAGACGCGGUGCACAAGUAAAUAGAAGCCUGUAUCUGUGCCUCAACUGUUGUCAAGCUACGUAGGCACUUGCCUGACUCAGGUGCUACCUUCUGUACUUGGGAAAUUGGACAGCAGACUCACGUCUCUAGUGCGCGGCCGCGAUGGCCGGAACGGCGCCGUAGCGCGGCGCGCCGCUGCCCUGUUCCCGCCGGCUCCCGAGAGCGAUGGCCCAGCGGGCCGACCGCGCUGCCCCCACCUGCGCCCAGUGCUGCCCGGCGCGUCCGGCCGACCGCGUGAGACGGACUCCUCGCCAGCGCGUCAGCUGAGCGCGGCAGAGAGCGGCGCAGUACCGGCAGACAGGCCGGCGCCAGAGUGUGCGUGAACGGCGGCGCCAUGAACGCCAUGGACGUUAGCGAAUCGGCCGGACCGGCCGCCGCCAUGGAGACGGACGUGGCCGCGGCGGCAGCGGCCGCCGCCGCCGUCGGACGACCGGUCAGCGUGAUCACGGCAGACGUGCAGCGAGCCAGCGCAGUGUCGGGCGGCUGGCCGCCAGUGGCUGCUGGCAUGGAGCAGCGGCCGCGGACCGACCGGCCCAUGAGCUGGCAGCCGGACCCGAGCGACCCAGCCAGUCUGCAGCUGGAGGCGGCCAUCAGUCAGACACACAAACUGGCGAUCAAGCAGGAGCUGGACGAGAUGGUGACCAGUCCCGCAGCGCCCGAUCACCACCACUUCUCCGACACAGACUCGACCAACACCAAGACGGACCCGGAGCGGCCGAGCAGCCCCGGCCCCACGCGCAGCGACUCUGGCUGUGAGGUGAACCACACGGGCCCGUUCACGCCGAGCGCGUCGCCCCUGCUGCCGCGCAGUCUGGCCUACCAGAACUCGCCGGACCUGUCGCGGCCGGGCCGGCUGUACUCGCCGACGGCGUCGCCGCUGCAGGCGCGCCACUUCUCCGGCUACUCGUCGCCGUACUCGCACACGCCCAGCACGGGCCUGUCGCGCAACAACUCGGACGCGUCGCAGUACGGCGGCUCGCAGUACUCGUACUCGUCCGUGUCGUCGCCCAUCUCGCCGGGCCAGUACUCGCCGACGGCGUCGCCCAGCCAGGGCCGCCACCUGUACCGGCAGAGUCCGAUGCUGGGCCGGCACAUGGAGCACCUGCUCGGCCAGCACGGCGGCCCGCUCAACCUCACCCAGUCGGACAGCGAGGGCUGCGAGGACAAGGCGGCGCUGGCCGCCGAGCUGGCGCAGCACUCGGCGCUGACUGCCCAGUCCGGCAUCAGCCGACAACAGCUCAUCAACAGCCCUUGUCCCGUGUGCGGCGACAAGAUCUCCGGCUUCCACUACGGCAUCUUCAGCUGCGAGUCGUGCAAGGGCUUCUUCAAGCGCACCGUCCAGAACAAGAAGAACUACGUGUGCCUGCGCGGCGCCAGCUGCCCCGUCACGAUCGCCACGCGCAAAAAGUGCCCGGCGUGCCGGUUCGAGAAGUGCCUUAACAUGGGCAUGAAGCUGGAAGCCAUCCGCGAAGACCGCACCCGCGGAGGCCGCUCCACGUACCAGUGCUCCUACACGGUGCCGUCGUCGCUGGUGCCGCCGUCGGCCGCCGCCGCCGCCGCCGGUGCCGCGCACGAGGGCCUCCACCCGCCGCACGUGAAGCUGGAGCCGGCCGAGACGAACGGCGCCGACGGCCGGCCCGCCACGCCGCCCCUGCUCAAGCAAAUCAUGGAGGUGGAGCACCUGUGGCAUCCGUCGCCGGCGGACAGCGUGCCGUCGCCGGCCUCCUCGCAGCCGUCCGGGCUGGCUGCCGCCGCCGCCGCCGCAGCCGGCGCCGGCGACUACAACAGCCUCUGCAACAUCGCUGACCACCGGCUCUACAAGAUCGUCAAGUGGUGCAAGAGCCUGCCGCUCUUCAAGAACAUCCAUAUUGACGACCAGACGGCGCUGCUCAUCAACACCUGGUGUCAGCUGCUGCUGCUCACCUGCUGCUUCCGCUCGCUGGAGACGCCUGGCCACAUCCGGAUAUCGCACGGGCGCUCGCUCGGCGUGCAGGAGGCCAACGCCAUCGGCGUGGGCCGCUGUAUAGAGCGGAUGAUCGGCCUGACCGAGCAGCUGCGCCGGCUCAAGGUCGACUACUACGAGUACAUCGCGCUCAAAGUCAUCGUGCUGCUCUCCUCCAGCGGCGACCCUUCGGUGCUGAAGGAGCCGCACAAGGUGUCGGCGUCGCGCGAGCAGGUGCUGCAGGCGCUGCAGCAGUACACGAUGUCGCACUCGCCUGAGAUGCCGAGCAAGUUCGGCGAGCUGCUGCUGCGCAUUCCCGACGUGGAGCGCGCCUGCCAGCUGGGCAAGGAGCUGAUCGCGUCGCGCAGCGCCUCCGACGGCCCCACCUUCGACAUCCUGUUCGAGUUGCUCAGGGGCGACUGACCGCAGGCUCCUGCUCGGGGCCGGCGCCGACCGCGCGCGUCCCGUCCGGGCCGGCUGCUCGCUGGUCGAGCCGCCGCCGCCACAUUCCAGUCGCGUCGCCCGCAGGCAGAGCGGCGCCAGUGCCAAACCGCCCCCCGUCCCCCCGUCCGCACGUAUCGCUUGGCUAGUGUUUGAUACCGCCGUGUCGGCGCGCCGCCGACGUCCAGCCCACCAAUCAUGUUUUACAUCGUGGCGUCGAGUGUCCGCUUUGUGAGGUGCUAUUUGUUACACGCCCGCCGUACUAGUCGCCAAGUGAUUUUGUGUUGCUCGUUGCCGUCCGCGGUGCUCUCGCCCCUACACGCCGUGCAGGGUGCGAGAGGCGCGCGCGGACCCCGGACACGUCCAGGGGCCCGGCCGGGCGCCGCGCAGGUGCCGGCCGGGCCGCCGGCGCCGGGCCGCGGCCGGCGGACCGAUCCGACCUGCCCAGUGCCAGCUCUGUCCGCCGGCUCCGGCCCCGCCCGGCUCCCGAACCCCGACCCUCUCGCACCGCGUCCCCCGUUGUUAUUUAUUGCUACGACAGCGAGACUUGUCCAAAGCAGCUAUGUGCCGGAUGGCGAGCCUUACUCAUAAGUGUUGCUGGAGCGAACCUCCGAUGAGGCUAAACAUUUUGUAUUGUUCGCUAUUUUGUUUGUACAAACUGGUGUUUGUUUUUAUGAAAGUGUGCUAAAAAGCCAAAAGCCAUUUUAUUAAUACAUUUUUAUAUUA